AUGGGCACGGAGGUGCUCCCGGCCGUUGACAACAAGGGCAAGCAACCCCUUCAUCCAAUGUCCGACGAGGUUGUGCUGUCGCCCACCGCCGAGGAAGACCCGAAGACGCCUGAGGUUGGUGACGACGAGGGCAUGGAGGAGCCCCCCAGCAACAAGCGCCACAACUACGACCACUACCAUCAGGAGGAUGGCCCAACUCACUUCUGCAAGAUCAAGAUCGGCUACAUGAUGACCUUCAAGCUCCUCACUUCCGACACCCUCAAGGUUAUCAUCUUCGACGACAAUGGCAUUGAGGUCGUCAACAAAGGGCUGUCCUGCCGGGCCGCCGUCUGCGGCAUCGUCGUCCUGCUCUGCGCCACCGCCUUCUCCUGCUCCCUCGCCGCCGAGUUCCGCAGGGUCAAGGACGAGGACAUGAAGCUGGACGGCAGCCUCUGCUCCCUGCCCAAGAGCUCCGCCUUCGAAUUGGGCGUCGCGGCCAUCGCCUUCCUCUCGGUCGCGCAGCUCGUCGGCACCACCGCGGCCGCGACCACCAUGUGCGCCUCCGGCUCCAAGCCCGGCAAGCCCGUCGCCACCGGAGGCCGCGUCGCGCCCGUCGCGCUCCUGGCCCUCUCAUGGGUGUGCUUCGCGCUGGCCGUGAUCCUGCUGGCGACGGCGGCGAGCAUGAACAGCGGGCAGCGCUACGGCCGGGGGUGGAUGGACGGCGACUGCUACGUCGCCAGGAACGGCGUGUUCGGCGGCGCCGCCGCGCUGGUCGUCGUCACGGCGCUCCUCAUCCUCGGCCUCACCUUCGCCACCAAAACCGCGGGGGCCGGCUCGAGCACGAAGGCGUGCGCCAGAGGAGACGCCGCCUGCACAACUACCAUCCGUGUCGACGCGGCAACAGGCGCGAGCGCGGAACAGCCGGGCGGGCGAUCCAAGCAAUGA